GAAAAAUGGUUUCUGGGUUAAUUAAUGAGAACCCAAUUGUUUACGAGAAGAAAGAGCGGCGUGUUCGAGCUGAAUCAAGCAAUACUGAUGAGCUUUCUGCAGAACCAAUAGAUCAGCUCGAGAUUUUCGAUAUCCUUUUUCUACUGAGCUUACUCUAUAUUGGAUCAUUUGUUUCUCCUGAGCAUUUCACACAUCAUAUAAGAGAUAUCAAAGAUCCAGAGCAUCCUUAUUCUCUGGAAGAGCUCAAAGUAGUUACAGAAGACUCAGUUGAAGUUGAUGAUGACAAAAGUUAUGUCAGGGUCACAUUUACUCCAACUGUUGAACAUUGUAGCAUGGCAACCAUUAUCGGUCUUUGUGUCCGUGUUAAGCUUCUACGAAGCCUUCCUGCUCGAUACAAGAUUGACAUAAGGGUAGCACCUGGUACUCAUGCAACAGAGGAUGCAGUCAAUAAACAACUAAACGACAAAGAACGUGUGGCGGCUGCACUAGAGAAUCCAAACCUCGUGGAGAUGGUUGAUGAAUGUCUGCUUCCAUCAUUUGAGUGAUACUAGAUGCUCUCAUGGUACACUAUGAUACAUGUCUCUGCUUUGUCUGCUGAGAUUUUGAUCGAUUAGGACUUACUUUGUGUUCAGGUUCUUGUUUCAAUCUUUUAAAGACUGAGAAUUUAUCCACGGAAUAAGAUAUUGAUUUGUUCCUCUUCUUAGGCUUAUGCCGUCUCAGAAAUCACAUUCCUUUUCACACUUGAACUUCUUAUAAACUCAUCUAAUCCAUUUGCUUCUGUCUUGAACUAACC